AUGGUUUCGACACGCACUAUGGCCUCGAGUGCCUCGACAUCAGCCCCUCUCACACACCCUGCUGCCUCUCUGCCGGGUCUACCUCCCGAGCUGAGCUCCAUGGUCCUCAAGCACGUCUUCCCCCGCACCGCGCCGUUGAAGGUGAUCAAAUUCGGGGACAAGUUCAGGAUGUUGACGAGACAAGGACAUGGGCUUCAACCAGGUCUUCUGGCACUGAGCAAGGGUUUCCUCUGGGAAGGUGCGCCAUGGCUGUACGGUAGCAAUACCAUCAGCAUCGCCACACAGCAUGUUUCCGAGUUUCUCCAGUCUAUUGGUGAAGCAAACAAGAAGCUGGUCCGGCAGCUCAUGGUAUCUCCCGACUCUCACUUGCCAUGGGCGCUCCGAGAAAUGGCACGUUGUCCAAAACUAGGAAACAUCCAGUUGACGGCUGGUAUUGUUGCACCAGAGCGAUUGGUGUGCAUGUUGCUCCCAGCAGCGAUCAAGAUGAGGAAGACGUACCAAAAGAAUCUCAUCGAGCGUCUGAGCUUCGUGCCAGACCCAAGCUAUGCUCUAAGCGUUGCGCUCGAUGAUGAGGAAUGGCAGGACGAUAUCGAAGAGGAAACCGAGACGUAUGCCGAGAAGGUGUUGGAGGAUUUGCGGGAUCGCUUGGCGCGUAAGGGGUAUUCGGUUGCGGGCUGA